AUGUUCCUGGUGGGGAUAGUGGCCGAGCUGCUGGAGGACUACACGAUGCUGGUGGCGGAGGUGCUGGAGCAGCUGCUCGACGGCGCGCCGUUCCCCCGCCGGAUGCGCACGCUCAUGCUGCGGAGCCUCCCCUUCGUGGCCCCGCCGCUCGCGCCGCCGCCGCCGCCGCACGCCCUCCGCGUCACCACCCGAGGCUGA